CCCGCGGAGGUGCCUGGAGGGUCGCAAUUGCCGGUGCUCUGAGUCAAGGGCUCUGGAAUUAGAGCGCCCUACGUGCAGAGCAGAAACCGGCGGUGGUUUAAACCCAGACUGUCGGAACUCGCCCAAGCGGAGAGCAGACAGGCACUUGUGAUGUUGCCAUUUGGGAAGCAGUGUAGCCAGGGAGGCGGAGACACGGGGUAACUCCGUCCAGCCGCUAAGGGCUGCUGCCUCGCCUUGGGCGGACCAUCCUAACGUGGCCUCUAGCGAGUUCAGUGCAUAGACUUUAAUAACCCAUCCUAGGAAAGCUGAGUAACACUCCUGCGGACCUCAAGCCGGCCGCUGACGUGCAGAUCCCGAACAAAAGUCCCCGGCUCUCCCGAGGGCAGGUCCUCAGCGCAUUGGCCAGGCCUGCUGAGAGACGUCCUCCAGGCCAAUGGCUUUCUGCUGUAAAGGGCGCGUUUCCCGCUGCUGGCCUAUGAGAAGCUGCCUCGGCUCAGCCAAUAGGGUCAGGGCAAGGGGGCGUGGCGGGAAGUUUGAAACUCCUAGCUUCAGGAGUUGUUUCUCGAGCUGCUGUUCUCCCGGUGGCCGAGCUGGGUCCCCCGCCCCACCGGGCCCCGUCCCCUACCCCUUGUGGAGAUGGGUUCUACUCAGAGCGUCUCAGGCACUCCAGCCAGGCCUCUGCCACACAACAAGCAUCUGGCCCGAGUCGCCGACCCUCGUUCACCUAGUGCUGGCAUCCAGCGCACUCCUAUUCAGGUGGAGAGCUCUCCACAGCCAAGCCCACCAGCAGAAGAGCUGAACAGUCAUAAGCAGGCACAAGACCCGGAUCCUCGCUCUCCCACCCUUGGGAUCGCACGGACACCCAUGAAGAUCAGUGGUGCUGACCCUAAGAGCCCACUGGCGAAAGAGCUGAGUGAAGUAUUUGAGACCGAAGCGUCCGAAUCGGUUUCCUCCCCAGAGCUUGCUCUGCCACAGGAAACACCUUUAUCUUCGGAACUGGACCUGCCUUUGGAUACUCAGGUAUCCCUUGAUGACCAGUUGCUGCCUUGGAGCCACACUGAACUCCCCUCCAAACCGGAGUGUGCCAAGGAGGAAGCAAAACAACCCACAGAGGCCAUGGUUGCCAGCCAGAACUCAGACAAGCCCUCCAGAGACCCUGAGACUCCCCAGUCUUCAGGUUCUAAGCGCAGUAGACGGAAAGCAAACAACAAGGUACUAGGAAGGUCCCCUCUCACCAUCCUGCAGGAUGACAACUCCCCUGGGACCUUGAUGCUACGACAGGGUAAGCGGCCUCCUCUAAAUGAGAAUGUUAAGGACCUAAAGGAAGGAGUCAUUCUUGGAACUGGAAGAUUUCUGAAAACCGGAGGAGGAGCAUGGGAGCAAAACCAGGACCAUGACAAGGAAAACCAGCACUUUGCUAUGAUGGAGAACUAGGUCCAUGUGGACUCACCCAGAGCCUGGUGCUAUUCUGUGUCCUUCACCUCUUCUUCCCAAAGGACACGGAGGAAAAUCCUGUGUUCUGAUUCCUCCCAGAUUACCAACUCUGGUACUUGGACUUCAUUCUUUUAUGUUUUGUGUGUUUUCUUGUAUAUUAAAGGAGAGGAUUUUAAAUGAUGCCUUAAGAAGUUAGACAA